AUGGCGGACCCCGGGGGCUGCCUCGAGGUGCGGCUCUUCUACGUGCGCGUCUCCCCGCACGGCGGCGCGGCCCCACCCCCGCGACUCGCGCUCGAGCUCCGCCCCGCGGGCGGCGACGGCGAGGCGCAGGCCCCCGCCAUCCCGCUCCCGCUGCGGCUCGACCGCCACGACGCCGCCUCGGGCGAGGCCACCUACGUCUCCACCGCGGCCGCGCGGCUGGCCCCACCCGCCGCGGCCUUCGAUGUCGCCGACCACCGCGGCGCCGCGCUGCUCCGGGGCUGGCUUCGGCGGUGCCCCGGCGCCAAGGGCGGUUCUCCCGCCUGGGAAAUCGAUUGCGUCCCCGCCGCUGGGGCGGCCGCCUCGGCCUCGGCCUUCGAGGUGUAUGUCGCCGGGUGCUGCGCCGGCGAGCCCGCGGUGCUCACGCACGCCCUGCGGCUAGCCACCCCUGAGGAAGCUGCCGGUGCGUUGGUUCGCCGCCGAUCGGGGGCAUUGGCGGCUGCUAGCAAUGAAGGCGACAAUGAUAUGAACACUGGUAGCAUGCAAUACCCUGAAGGUUGGUACUCUGACUAUGAUGAUGGGCAACUCUCAUGGUUCAACGCUGGCGUCAGAGUUGGCGUAGGCAUCGGCCUGGGAGUCUGUGUCGGUGUUGGUAUAGGCGUUGGGCUCCUCAUGCGCUCCUACCAAGCAACAACCAGAAGCUUGAAGAGGCGGUUCUUCUGA